AUGGCCCCCUCAUCAACAGCAAACAAACCCCCCCUCAAAAUCCUCAUGCUCCACGGCUUCACACAAUCCGGCACUCUCUUCCGAGCCAAAACAGGCGCCCUCACAAAAGCAAUCACAAAAGCGUUUCCCCUACACAGCGUCUCCUUUUCCUACCCGACCGGUCCUUUGCGCCUCAACCCGUUUGAUGUCCCCGGCUAUAACAACGGCAACGGCACGGACAAUGAUAAAGAAGAAACCGAGGCGUAUGGAUGGUUCAGAAGACCCGCUACAGAACCGCCGACUUAUAAAGGUCUAGAAGACGGACUGGCGAGUGUUGCCGCUCUCCUCAAGACAGAAGGGCCGUUUGAUGGUGUCGUCGGGUUUUCACAGGGUGCCUGUCUUACAUUUAUGGUCGCCAGUCUCCUGGAAGCUGACAGAAAGGCGUCUUUUGAUGCUGCAGCCACUAAAGGUGAUGGGGUGGAAUUUCCGGAGUCAUUUCUGCCCGAAAACACGGGAAAUCAUCCCCCGCUCAAAUUUGCGAUUGUGUAUAGCGGCUUCAAAGCCGCGGAUCCGAGAUGGGGCGCGGUGUAUGAUGUUUCGAGGCCUGUUACGACGCCUGUGUUACAUGUCAUGGGUACAUUGGAUGCGCUUGUGAUAGAGGCGAGGUCGAGAGAGUUGAUAGGUGCUUGUGCGGGGGAUCCAGAGAGUGAAGGGAAAGUCGUGUUUCAUCCCGGUGGGCAUUUUGUGCCGAGUCAGAGGACGUAUCUUGAAGCUGCGGUGGGGUUUAUCAAGAGGUCGUUGGAGGGAGAGGCAAAGAAAGAAGAAGAGGAUGAGAGGGUCGAGGAUAUGGAUGUGCCGUUUUAA